AUGGCCAGCGAACUCCCAACCCGCGGUACGAAGCGCAAAAGCGACGAUCACGAGCACCCACCCCGCGAAAUCAAGCCCGAUCCCGCGGGCGUCUACGAUGCGACCCUCAACCCGCUCCACCUCGCCGACCUCAGCGAGAAACUUAAGAUCCUCCCCGUCCCGGAAGAUGGCGACACACUGGAAGAGACAGCCGCGAAGCUGUGCGAGCUGGCCAAGGUCGUCUCCGAAGGCAACAGCGUGGCGCUGUGGACGGGGCUGCAGCUCUCGUCGUCGCCGCAUGCGCGCGACCCGGAGACCAUGGCGAAGGCGCAGAUGACGCCGCAGGAGCUGACGCAGUAUGAGGCGUGGCAGGCCGUGCGGCAGGGGCGCGAGGUAGGGGGUCCUGAGGGAGGGAGUAGUGGCGGGCUGCCGGCGGGCGUGAUGCGCGCGUUCGACUGGGAUGCGAACUUGGCACCUAUGCCCGGCGCGCAGAGCGAGAAGAGGUUCCGGCAGCGCGCGGCGGCGAUGGAUGUCAUCUGGGACCAUCAGUGUGCGACGCCGGAGCAUGCGGUGUGGUUGACGUUUCAUAUGGUUGAGGCGUUGCCGCUUGUCAAGGCUGUCACGAAGGUGAUGAAUGUCAAGCGCCAUUUUGGUGAAAAUGACCCGUACCCCGGGUUGACGGGCAUGGAGGUCGCGGAGCUGGAGACGGUCCGCAAGAUUGUCUCUGUCGCGGAGAGAAACCGGACGCGCGAGCUCGAGCGGAUUCGUCGGCUGACUCGGUCGAUUAACGAUGCCGCUGCGACUAUUAGGACUCGGCUGCAGGUUUUGGAGAGGUCGUGA